GGGAUUGGACGGAGAUCGGGGACGCUCUGGCCGGGUCGUCGUCCCGCAUCGUCCGGGCUGUAGAUUCACACAGCAACAGCUCUCGUCCAUCUGCGCUCAAUAAAGAAGAGACGAGCCUUACCUGCCUCCCGCCGGCUCUUCUUUCUCUUCAUAUUGCCCCGGCCCCUAGUCCCAUCUCCCUCCGUCGUCUCUGCAGUGACCCUCUCCAUUUGAUCUCCAUUGCUCAAGGCUACCUACCUCUGGGCCAUCCAUCAGCCAUGGGGACCCAAGCGCCCGCGAGCUAUCCUCCUCCUGCCAAGGAUGACAGCAAGACCGCGGAGGAGAAGAAGCUCGAGGAGUGGCUCCCCAUCAACGGCUCCAGGAACGCCAAGUGGUGGUACUCCGCCUUCCACAAUGUCACCGCCAUGGUCGGCGCCGGCGUCCUCGGCCUCCCCUACGCCAUGUCCGAGCUCGGAUGGGGCCCUGGCAUCGUGGUGAUGGUCCUGUCGUGGGUCAUCACGCUGUACACGCUGUGGCAGAUGGUGGAGAUGCACGAGAUGGUGCCUGGGAAGCGGUUCGACCGCUACCACGAGCUCGGCCAGCACGUCUUCGGCGAGAAGCUGGGCCUCUGGAUUGUCGUGCCGCAGCAGCUCGUCGUCGAGGUCAGCCUCAACAUCAUCUACAUGGUCACCGGCGGCCAGUCCCUCAAGAAGUUCCACGACGUCAUCUGCGACGGAAGGUGCAAGGACAUCAAGCUCUCCUACUUCAUCAUGAUCUUCGCCUCCGUCCACUUCGUCCUCUCCCAGCUCCCCAACUUCAACUCCAUCUCCGGCGUCUCCCUCGCCGCCGCAGUCAUGUCAAUCAGUUACUCGACAAUCGCGUGGGGAGCAUCCUUGGACAAGGGGAGGGAGGCGAACGUGGACUACGACCUGCGCGCGACCACGACGCCGGGGAAGGUGUUCGGCGUCUUGGGGGGUCUAGGCGACGUGGCGUUCGCGUACUCGGGGCACAACGUGGUGCUGGAGAUCCAGGCUACCAUGCCGUCCACGCCGGAGAAGCCAUCGAAGCAUGCCAUGUGGAAGGGCGCGCUCGUCGCCUACAUCAUCGUCGCACUGUGUUACUUCCCUGUCACGUUCGUUGGGUACUGGGCCUUCGGCAACAGUGUCGACGACAACAUCCUCAUCACACUUUCCAAGCCCAAGUGGCUCAUUGCCGCCGCCAACAUGAUGGUCGUCAUCCAUGUCAUCGGCAGUUACCAGGUUUACGCAAUGCCGGUGUUCGACAUGAUGGAGUCGUUUCUGGUGAAAAAGCUGCGGUUCGCUCCAAGCCUAAGACUCCGUCUCAUGUCCCGCACUUUCUAUGUUGCGUUCACAAUGUUCAUCGGCAUCAGCUUCCCCUUCUUUGGUGGAUUGCUCAGUUUCUUCGGCGGAUUAGCCUUCGCACCAACAACUUAUUUUCUUCCAUGCAUCAUGUGGCUCGCAGUCUACAAGCCCAAAAGGUUCAGCCUCUCGUGGUUAACGAACUGGAUCUGCAUUAUCAUUGGAGUGCUGCUGCUGGUGUUUGCUCCGAUCGGAGGGCUCCGGCAGAUCAUUAUGACAGCCAAGACAUACAAAUUCUACCAGUAAUUAUGAUUAACUGGGGAUGUAUGCAUGACAAGCUGCAGAAGGCCAGAACACUCUUUUCCAUUAUCUGAAAUAAGUAAAUAUAGUCAAGCAACUUCAUCAGCCAUGGUAUCAAAUCAAAAUUUGAUCCAGCUGAUGAUGGACCAAGGUAGCAGUUCUGUUAGUUAGGCUUAAACCAGGGGUUCGUUCUCGAGUUAGUCAAAGACAUGUAUGCGGCAUUUGCCUAUUUUUAAAGGGUGGAUUAUUGGCUUUUGUGUGCACGUGGGAGAGUAAAGGCUAUAGUGGUUUGUAUUUCUUUCAUCCACAGCUUACUGUAUCCUCAAGUUGGGAAAUUGAAAGAGAGGCCCAUGGUAUGAUUUAUGAUGUUUU